GCUGUAGCUUGGUCUUUCCGGGUCUUUCCACGCUUCGCCCGUACUCCUGCCGAGCCGGAGCCGGAGGGAGAGCAGGAAGGGUUGCUCUCGUCAAGAGCAGAAAUGCAUAAAAGCAGCUGGCAGAGUAGAAGACAUGGGAGAAGGAGCCACCAGCAGUACUCUUGGUCCAGACAACACGGUUCUAACGAGAGGUAUAACACAGGGGCACAAGAGUGCCAACAGGAUGCCGGCCACGGCGGUGACGAGGCCCCGUCGACCUCAUCCAGCACGGCUGGGAGUUCUUCUGUGCCAGACCUACCAGGUUAUUACUUUGACCCGGAAAAGAAUCGCUACUUCCGCUUGCUCCCUGGACAUAACAACUGCAACCCACUCACGAAGGAGAGCCUCCGGCACAAGGAGAUGGAGAGUAAAAGGCUGCAGCUGUUAGAGGAAGAAGACAAGCAGAGAAAGAAAAUAGCCAGGAUGGGAUUUAAUGCAUCUUCUUUGCUACAAAAAAGCAAGCUGGGUUUUCUCAAUGUCACCAGUUAUUGCCGUUUAGCCCAUGAGCUGCGACUGAGCUGCAUGGAGAGGAAGAAGGUCCAGAUUCAGAGCUCGGAUCCCUCUGCUUUGGCAAGCGACCGAUUUAACCUCAUACUGGCGGAUACCAACAGUGACCGGCUCUUCACAGUAAACGAUGUUAAAGUUGGAGGCUCCAAGUACGGCAUCAUUAGCCUGCGCGGUAUGAAGACGCCCACACUCAGGGUGCAUAUGCAUGAAAAUCUCUACUUCACCAACCGGAAGGUGAACUCUGUGUGCUGGGCCUCACUGAAUCACCUGGAUUCCCAUAUUCUGCUGUGCCUCAUGGGGAUCGCAGAGACUCCAGGCUGUGCCACCCUGCUCCCAGCAUCGCUGUUUGUCAGUAGUCACCCAGCAGGAGACCGGCCUGGCAUGCUGUGCAGUUUCCGGAUCCCUGGGGCCUGGUCCUGUGCAUGGUCCUUGAACAUCCAGGCAAAUAACUGCUUCAGUACAGGCUUAUCUCGGCGUGUCCUGGUGACCAACGUGGUGACAGGACACCGGCGGUCAUUUGGGACCAGCAGUGAUGUCUUGGCCCAGCAGUUUGCUCUCAUGGCUCCUUUGCUGUUUAAUGGCUGUCGUUCUGGAGAGAUCUUUGCCAUUGAUCUGCGUUGUCACAAUCAGGGCAAGGGCUGGAAGGCCACCCGCCUGUUCCACGACUCAGCAGUGACUUCUGUUCAAAUCCUCCAAGAAGAGGAAUCCUUGAUGGCGUCCGACAUGGCUGGAAAGAUCAAGCUGUGGGACCUGAGGACCACUAAGUGUAUAAGGCAGUACGAAGGUCACGUGAACGAGUAUGCCUACCUGCCCCUGCACGUGCACGAGGAAGAAGAAAUCGUGGUAGCAGUGGGCCAGGACUGCUACACGAGAAUCUGGAGCCUCCACGAUGGCCACCUGCUCAGAACCAUACCCUCCCCACACCCCACCUCCAAGUCCGACAUUCCCAGUGUGGCCUUCUCUUCUCGGCUCGGGGGCUUCCGGGGAGCACCGGGGCUGCUCAUGGCUGUCCAGCAGGACCUUUACUGCUUCUCCUACUAAAAUUCUCCUAUUAAACUAAAAUUCUACAAGGUGCAGCUUGGAGAGAUGUGGAUUUGACUUAAAGGACUAAAGAGUAGCCAUACUGCCACAAUUGCUGUUUCCAAUGAGGGCAUUUUAAAUGGAUGCUCUAUACACAGAUCCCAUCCCUCUGGCUGCUGUGGAGAAGGUGCUGUGUUGUAUGUGGAGACAUUUCAGUAAAGUUAUUUCAGUUAAGUUGUGGGCUCAGAGAGUUUGAAAGUCCUUUUUAUAAAAGGUACAUAUUUCCUUUUCUUACUGAAUUCCUUAGAAUAGUUCCCCACCCUUUUUUUUUUAAAAAAAAACAAAAAAUACUUUUCUAAGGGCUGAAGACUGGCAAAAACUAAAAUAACUAAAGCUUCUUCUUUUACCAAAAACCCUUUUGAGAAGCCUAAUGAUGAGACUGGGUGAGACUGUUAGGGUAGUCGGUGCCUGAGUCCCAGAAAAACAGGCAUCUGUACUUGAGAAGCCAGCUAAAAAGAAGAGGAAGGGGGGGCAUUGUUUCUCUGAGUCUCGAGAGAAAAAUUUAAGGCUGGAGUUCAGAGUCAUUAAACUACCCUUCUCAAACUCAGUAUCAGUAGCAGAUCUCUGGGAUGUUCCUUUCAUCGUCAUUUAUACGCAUUGGAAGGACAGGUGGAUCUUUUUAAAUGCUAGAGGUUUUAAACAGGCCUUAGCAUGCCUUUGUUGAGGCACCUUCCCAAAUGUUAAGUCCAGCAGCUCCUGUUUCUCUCAUGGUGACUUGAAUGUCAGAUUCAAGAGCCCUUUCUCAAAGAAAAUUGGCUUCGACUUUGUGUAAUCUCGAAGCAGUUUGUCAGAUGUUUAUACAAAGUGUUCAAGAGCCUGUCUUUCUACCAGACAAUAAACUGGAAAGAACCAA